AUGCAGAAAGCUCACUCCGGUGACACAUCAUGGAUGUUAAUGUCGACUGCUCUGGUUGUGAUGAUGACAACUCCUGGCCUCGCCAUGUUCUACGGAGGACUCGCACAGGCUCCCAACGUCUUGUCGACUGUCAUGCAAAGUUUCUCCAUCAUGUGCAUCGUCAGCUUCUUGUGGUUUGCUAUGGGCUACUCGUUCGCCUUCGCCGAGGGUAGCGUCAUCGUGGGCAACAGCUCAAAGUUCUGGCUUGCACACAUGGACGGGCACAGAGUGAAGGAUGAUUCGGAGAAGCUCUUCAUGGUCUAUCAGAUGACCUUCGCCGUGAUCAGUGCUGCAAUCAUUUGUGGGUCCUUCGCUGAGAGAAUGCGAUUCAGCGCCAUGCUCGUCUUCGUCGCGAUCUGGCAUCUGCUCGUCUACUGUCCUGUCGCUCACUGGGCUUGGGGUCCCGGUGGUUUCCUGCAUGCAGCUGGAUGUCUGGACUUUGCAGGCGGGGACGUGGUGCACGUGAGCGCUGGGGUGACAGGCCUGGUUGCUUCCAUGCUCGUUGGAAAGAGAAGGUCGCUUUCUCUCGGUCAAGAGCUCACUCCUCAUAACGCGCUGCUCGUCUUCCUCGGAGCCUCGCUGCUGUGGGUCGGAUGGUUCGGCUUCAACGCUGGCUCCUCCUUCGCUGCGGACGAUGUCGCGAUCAACGCUAUGGCAGCCACACAGAUGUCUGGAGCUUGCGGGGGCCUCACGUGGAUGAUAGUCGAGUGGGUCUAUGCCAAGAAACCCUCGGUCGUAGGGAUCGUCAGUGGGUCCAUCUCUGGGCUGGUCGUUGUCACCCCCAGCUGUGGGUACAUCGAUCAGACUGGAGCUGUUUGCAUCGGAGCGCUGGGAGGGCUCGCCUGCUUCUUCAGCAUCCAACUGAAGCACGUGCUGGGGUAUGACGACGCUCUCGACGCCUUCGGCAUGCAUGGCAUCGGCGGCGUCCUCGGGUGCAUCCUGACAGGAUUCUUUGCGAACAAGCACGUGAGCGGCAAGGAAGAGAUCAACGGGGCCUUCUACGGAAAGCCUUCACAGAUCUACAUCCAGCUCUACGGCGUCGUUGUCAUCAGCGUGUACUGUGCUGUCAUGACUUUCUUGAUCCUCAAGCCCUUGGACCUGACUUUAGGCAUUGGGAUUCGAUGCUCGCCGGAGGAGGAGAGCCAGGGACUUGACAUCUCGCAGCACGGAGAGUCGCUGAUUGUCGACGCGUCUCUCCUCGGAUCCCCCAAGGUCGUUCCUCCGCUCCUCUCUGCUCUCGUCAUGGUCCUCCUUGUCCUCCUUGUUCGCUGA